AAGCAGCUGAACGUUACGAUGGGUCCCUAAAAAACACCCAUGUUUGGUUGCACAAAAGAGUCUGGAAACGCAGCGAUGGGUUGCUUAAAAUCACUGAGAACUGGUGGCACAAAAGGCAACUGUUGCCACUGAAAUAGCGGCAACAGUUGGCUAAAUAACCCCUAUGUUUGGUGGUCCAAAAGUGGCUGGAAACACGGUGAUGGGUCACUAAAAACCACUGAAGCUUAGUGGCACAAAAGCCAAUGAGAAAGCAGCAAUGGUCAACUAAAAAGCACCAACAUUUGGUGGCACAAAAGUGGCUGGAAACAUGGCAAUGGGUUGCUGAAAACCACUGACUGUUGGUGGCACAAAGGUCACUGAAAAAGCUGCAAUGUUUAGCACAGCAGUCGUUGGACACGUGGCCACAGGUUGCUGAACACCAACCGGUGUUGCUGUCUGUCACUGUCACGGUCUUGACAGUAAAACGCCAUCCACCAUCCACCUCCUGGGGACAAAGUCAGCUCAUACUCUACGUCACUUUAGCCAUAUGAUUUGUAUUAAACUGCCCACAGUGCCAAGAUGUUCUUCAGGUGACUGAGUUGACCUGGUCACAACAAACAAGACAGAAUUUUUUGCAUGAUUAUUUUUCGCAGGAUGUUUUGAGCUGACCUACUUUCUUUGCGUUCGUUCGCCCAUACUUCAGAACUAACACAUCUUUUUUUUCUGUUUACUGCUGAGAGCAAAACCACAGAGACAGUGAGCUCAGCCCUGCUCAGGGAGACAAGGGUUUAACCGCUGUGAGAGAGACACGUCUUCAUCACUACAUGGUACCAUGGGACACGCACCUCUUCUGUGGCUGCUCGUCCUGACCUCACUGCUGAUCUGCACAACUACCCAAGCCUCUCUGACUGUGAGUCCCAGCAGCUCUCAGCUGUUUAAAGAUGAGUCUGUCUCUCUGAGCUGUGAGGAGGACGACAGCUCUGCUGGAUGGACUCUGAGGAGGAACACAAGUGAUGAAACCAGAGCAGAGUGUCACGACUGGGGAGAACCUGCUGGUUCUGUCUGUAACAUCAGCUACACAACCAUGCUGGACAGUGGAGUUUACUGGUGUGAGUCCAGAGAGGGAGCAACCAGUAAGAGCAUCAACAUCAAUGUCACUGGUGGAUCAGUGAUCCUGCAGAGUCCUGUCCUCCCUGUGAUGGAGGGACAUGAUGUCACUCUGCACUGUAAAACAAAGACGUCCUCCAACCUCUCAGCUGCUUUCUAUAAAGAUGGCUCCUUCAUCAGGACUGAGCCUGCAGGUCACAUGACCAUCCGCCAUGUAAACAGGUCUGAUGAAGGCCUCUACAAGUGUGACAUCACAGGUCAUGGAGAGUCUCCACCCAGCUGGCUCACUGUCACAGGAAGACCCACCACUACACCUUCUCCCACAGCCACCCCUACCCCAUCUGGUCCCCCUCUUCCUAAGCCCAUCCUGUGGGCUGUGGUUUCAUCUGUCUGUGUGCUAGUGUUGCUGGUGUUGCUGGUUCUACUGGUGAUACGAUGCAUCCACAGGAAACAUAAAGCCACUGAAGUUGGAGAUGAUGACAUCAGAGAUGACAUCACAUACAGUGAUGUCAAAAUAUCACGUAACCUGCAACAGCCAAUCAGAGGGAGCAGAGAGAGCGAUCCAGCUGCCGUCUACUCAGCAGUGAGAGGAACAGCUGACGUCAGCUACGGACCAAUAGUCUUCAAAGACAUCAAAUCAAACAGGAAGAGAGAGAGGGAACCAGCUGCAGUUUACUCAGCAGUGAGAAGAAAAGAAGACGUCAGUUAUGGACAAAUAGAGAUCAGUCCGAACAGGAGGAGAGAGCCUCCAGCAGAGCCACAGGUCGUCUACUCUUCACUGAGGUAGACCUUCACACCUUCACACCAGUCCAACCAGUGAAGUCCAGCUGGCCUGUCACUGGUCCCCACAGCCCCUCACACCUCAGGACAUUCAUGGGCUUUAUUUCUUAUUUCUAUAUGUGAAAGUUAAAUGAGACUGGUGCAGCUACAGAGAGACAAACAGCUUCACUUUACACAUUAUUGUUUUACUUUUCUUUGGAUAAAUAACUUGUUAAAUACUUAUUUGUUUAGGUGGUAGUGUUUCAGUCGGGUGAAGAACACCGACAUGUUUCUACUGAACAGAAGCUGCUGAUAAUAAUGAACUUUACUGCUCUAAUAUUGAUAUCAAGUGGUGUCUCUGCAGGAUCAAUAAACUCCUCCUUGUGUGCUUCAGUGGGUUUCACUAAGCUGACACAUGGAACAUUUGA